ACCCCGUCCGGGUCCGGGCUUUCACGUUCCACGUUGACGAAAGUGGACGAUUACGUUACCAUGUUGUACUUCCACGUAUGUAUGUAGCGUGGUAUCAAUGAUGGCAAUACUCGUCGCAUUAUGCCGAAACGUUAUCCCGUGCUGUUAGUAGUUGGUUAGUAGUAGCGAAAUCGCAAACCUUUAUGUGAUAGGUGAUGAAAAAUUGCUGCUGUACAUUUUUAAUCGGUGUCUUUGAUAAGUAAUUUAGUUUUUUGCUUUUCUGUGUGUUUCUUUCGUCUUCGACAGAAGAAGAAGGCCGUCCGGUUGAAGAACGGAUAUAUAAAUUUAUUCAAAAUGAGAACAAUUAGGAUAUUUUUAAUUUUGGUUGCGUCGAUAGUCACGUUCGCGGCUACCGGAGGAUUUACUGCUUAUGCUCAAGAGGAAGAAAAUAUUGAUGAUAUUGUUGAUGUGGAAGGUGAGGAAGGUAAUAUAAUAAUUGAUGAAGAAACAGAAGAGGAAAUAAAUAAUGUCUCCACCGACGCGGAUACAACAAUACUUUUUACAAAGCCUGUUUACAACACAUUGUCCACUCUUGAAUUGCCGGCUGGAAAUAUAGUGGAGUUUCUUGUGGGAUUUACCAACAAGGGUGAAAAUGAUUUUGUUUUGGAAUCUUUAGACGCUUCGUUUCGUUAUGCGAUGGAUUUCAAUUUUUACAUUCAGAAUUUUUCUACGUUCACGUUUAAUAAGGUUGUAAAACCCAAUCAUGAAGCCACGCUGGCGUAUUCCUUCAUUCCAUCCGAGAGCUUUGCCGGAAGACCAUUUGGUUUGAAUGUCAAUCUCAAUUACAGAGAUACGAACGGAGUCUCUUACAACGAGGCGGUCUUCAACGAAACCGUGCAGAUCAUAGAGAUUGACGACGGUCUAGACGGAGAAACUAUUUUCCUGUACGUGUUUCUCACCGCUUGCGUCAUAUUGAUUCUCGUGGGAGGUCAGCAAUUGUUGUCAUCUCUCGGACGAAAAUCGCGUUCUUCCACCACCCGUAAAGCGACCGUAGAAAUCGGCACGUCCAAUCCCAAUAACGUAGAUUACGACUGGCUGCCAAAAGAAACUCUCAAUAGAAUCAAUAAAUCUCCUAGAACUCCAAAGCAAAGUCCACGACAAAGGAAAGCAAGAAAGACUGCUGGUUCCGAUGAUUGAAGUAUACGUUUGUGGGUGUAUUCACACAAUAAAUUUAUAUAUAUAUAUAUAUAUAUACACACACACA